AUGCUUGGCGUGAUUACCGAUCUCGCUCGUGCCAAGCGCUCAAACUGCCGUCUUAGGAACCUCGCCAUCUAUGCUGUAUGCUUUAACGGCAUUAUAGCGGAAAUAUCUACAUCUCUCACGGAUCUCGUCGUCAUCCUAAAUGAAGACCGAUUUAUUGACACUGCAAAGAUUGACCGAACCAUCGUUCACUCCACAUCUUCAACGCUUUAUCCCGGUGCAAUUCCGCGCUAUGGGUGGACUAAUGACAUCCAUAUCAUAUUCCAUGCUAAUGGCACGCUUUGCAUAGGAGGAACCCAACACAUCGGCCAAGCAUUCUUUGACCAAGACCUCAUCACCACCGUCGAGGAGACCUCUCCUUACAACACCAAGACCAUUGAAGUCAAAGAAAACGCCGAUGACUAUACAUUCGGUGAUGACCUCUAA